AUGGAUCAGCACGACAACCACAGCGAGGCGCCUCCGCCGUAUCCGGGACACCCGUCCGAGCUGCACAGCCAUCGCGACGCGCACGACACAAAUCCAGCAGACCCCGCGCCGGCUUACGAACCGUUGGUGGACAGGGCUAGCGACGGGCCGCUGGCUGAGGACAGCAAUGACCGCCACGGCGUUCAGCCAGGCGCGCGGGCCGUCCCAACGUCUCAGCCAUCGCCUUCGCGUGCGAGAGCAUCAUCCUCCACAUCGCCGCCGCCUUUCCCCUCACCGGUCACAGCAGAGGCCUCCUCCUCACGCAACCCCUUUACCUACCUCAGGGACAAGAAGCGCGAGCGCGAAGCGACCAAGAAGGUCGAUUUUUACGAGAAGCACUACGGGUUCGUGCCCAAGAACGUGCUGACGGAAGCGGAGUGGAAACGGAUCAGGAAGGAGGCGGUCAAGGUCAAGGUACCCGUGAAGAUGCGAUCAAAGGGCUACCAUUACUGGUGA